AUGCGACUUUUCGAACUAAUUGUGUUUUUCACGAGUCUUUAUGGCUCUGUAUGGGCUAAGCAAACUGCAGUUACUUGCUCCACUACGGCAGACUGCGCUUGGGGUGAGACUUGCGUUGCUGGUGACUCUGAAACGUCCGUCCAGUCCUGUGUUCCGCCGACAGUAUGUGGAGGUCAGUCAAUGGGCAACUGUCCCGCUGACGAUGGAGGUGAACUCGCUUGCCUCUGGAGACCAAAUGACGAUUGCAGGGAUGGUUGCGCUAUUUUAAAUGGCAGAAGAGGCAUUUAUAAGUGUGUGUCGAUUGCCCGAUGCGAUGCAUAUUACGGAGGAGCAUCUUGUAGUAACGGUUGCAGUGUAAACGGAGUGCAAUGUAAUGGUCAAGGCUCAUGUAACAUGAUGGAGACAAUGGCAAAUGGAACGCCAGUACUUGGGUGUACAUGUGAAAAUGGUUAUAGAGGAGAAAAGUGUGAAGUUGCACCACGUUCAACGCCGUCAUCAAAUUCCUCGUCGACAGACGGAUUGAUCAAUAACAGCGGAUCUGUUGACGACAACACGGACAACUCUUCAGCCAACUUAACCGACAAUUCUGACAACAGCACCGACCAGUCAGCUGGUGCUAUUUUGGAUGAAACCCCUUCUGAUUGUUCAUCAGGCAACUGCGAAACGAUGUCACGUGCUUCGCCCACCGGCAUUCGAACAGGAACCCUGGUCACUAUUAUCACUUUGUCGGCAUUAGCUUUAAUUUGUGUGAUCCUUGUGGCUAUGCGCUUACGUAGAAAAAAGCAUCAGACAGACGAAGAAUUUGCUGACGCCCUUGCUUUCACACACGGCGCAGAAGCUGUACAUGUGCGAGAUCUCAACUCAUCGUUAUCAAGUUCCAGUUUGUAG